AUCUUGUCAGUCUCAUCAUGAAACAUCUAUGACAAAACAACUACCGCAACAUUCAUAAAACAUACUUGUAAAAGAACGUGUAGUCAAGCAGGCAGUGUGUGUGUAGACACGAUAUUGGUUGUGCACAAAUGAAAUUCGCCCCUCGAACUCGAGUGCACGGUGGAGGAUCAAUAAGCAUUUUCAGUUUGUCAGCGGUUUCGACGAGAUAACCUAUCGUUUCCAUAGAUAACGCACGCGAAAUCCGGCACAAUCAUCCAAGUGACUGGUGAUUAAUUAUUGAGGUGGUCGAUUUCAUUUUGUGACAAGCCGUCAAUUAUGGGUGUUCGGACUGUGUUGCACGGUUUGGCAACUAUACAUUUCUGGUUUGGAUGUUAUUACGAUUGGGCCAACGUCAAUAUACCCAAGGAAGUGCAUAACAGAGGCGAAAAAUGGGAUUACAGCGGCAAAUUGAAGUACCUCACUUACUGGGAUGCGUUACUGCAAGGAUUCUUCUUUACAAUUUGCUUGUUGAACGACUUGAUUGGCUCUAAUGAAGUGGCACCGAAAAAAACACCUUUCAUCAGAAAAGUCAAGGACAUCCUGUUACCGUCACUGGCUUUCCCCAUUUCGUUCUUCGUAGGAGCGACAUUCUGGGCCCUCUAUUUCAUCGACCGCGAACUCGUGUUUCCGAAGGCAUUGGACCCCUUCUUCCCCACAUGGCUGAACCACGUGAUGCACACGAACAUUAUGAUCUUCAUCCUCAUUGAACUGGCCACGUCCUUCAGAAGGUACCCGUCCAGAAAAGUUGGAAUAUCAAUCUUGGCUGUUUUCAGCAUCAGCUAUUUGGUCUGGAUUCACAUCAUCCAUGCGAAAACUGGCUUUUGGGUAUACCCAGUACUGGAAGUAUUGCCGACAGCUGGCAGAAUAGUUUUCUUUGUGGCAUGUCUAUUCAUGUUCAUCGGAUUCUAUUUACUGGGUGAAAAGCUGAACGCGAUAGUGUGGAAGAAACAACUUAAACAAGCACCGACAAAGGCCCAAAAGUCCAAAAAACGAUCAUAGUUCAAAAUCUGGUUGGGUCAAUUAGCCAAAUUUAUGUAAGGUGCCUAAAUAAUUCUGUUCUGUUUUUGUGUCGUAUUUUCGUAAUUUAUUGUUGUUGAAUGUUAUAAUUCAAUUCAUUCUUUUUAUAUUUCCAUACAUUGUUAUUGUUGUUAUUCACCUAGCAAUAAACACGUUGUUAGUUGUUAGAAGUUUUUUAUUCAGGACACUGGCAAAUUAUACAAAAUAAAAGUCAAUACCAAA